AUGCAAACAAAAACAUUUACCACAAAAGAAUGCAUCUCUAAACCGUUGAAUGUUAUUCAACAUUUUCUUGUUGAAAAUAAUAACCAAGAAUUACAAAAAUAUUUUGAAAAUAAAUUUACAUCUAAAGAAGAUUUUAAACAAAUACCUUCAUUGAAUGAUAUACCUUUAGACAAAAUUCCAGAAUGUUCUUUAGUACGUUUUCGUGCAAUGGUACAAAACAACAACUUUGAUUAUGAGAUUUAUAUGAGUAAAUUUGAAAUUAUUGAUCAAAAUGGUAAUAAGAAAACAAAGUUCUGUAAAUAUUCUGACGAAUUUGAACAAGAUAUUGGCGGCGAAUUUCAUAAUCCAGAUACUAUUGAUACUUCAUCAUCGUCGUCUUCAAAUUCAUUUGAUGAAAGACAAUUGUAUUAUUGCGUUUCUGUACCAGGAGAAUCAUCUUGGAAUUUACACGAAGAACAUAUUGACACAAGUCUAGAAGAAUCUACAGCAAAUCUUAAUUUGAAUAAUAGUGAUGAUCAAAAGACAAGUAGAGAUAACAGGAUGAGUGAUGAUGAGAUGAAAAAAGUUUCUGCUAAAUUUCCAUUUCCUAACGAAAAUCAUGUUGGAGCCAUAGUCAAAAUUUAUGAAAGUGAAAAUAUGUUAAAGGUUACAGAUGUAGUAGAGUUUAUUGGAGUUUUUAAUCAUCCAAGAAAUAUUCCAGAAGAUAAUUCAUUGGGUGUUGAUGUUGAUGAUCCAACAAAAUUGAUCAGAGUUCCAUCUAUUCAUGCAAUUUUUUAUAGAAAUCUCCAUCCUUCAGGAAAUCCAAAUUUAUCGUCAAAUAUUAUUACACAUUUAACACCAGAAUUGAAAGUCAAUAUAUUGUCAAUAAGAAAGUUUCUGAUACAAUAUAUAUCUUCCGUAUUUAACGGUGAUGCUUUGGUAGCAGAAUUUGUCUUGCUACAACUACUAUCCAGAACAUUUAGUAGGCACAAUGGAAUUUCUUUAGUUGGCAAAUUAGUAUUAAAUAUUAGUAAUUUACCAAAAUGCAAAGUUACAUCCACUGAACAACAACAACAUCCAAAUAUAAAACUUAAGCAUGACAAUGAUUUUGCUAAAAAUAUUGCAACAAUGUUAUCAUCAUUACUGCCAAAAUAUCAUGAUCUCCCACUUACACUAUCCUCACUCAAUACAAACUAUUAUUAUCCGCGUAGUGAUCAUGUAUUAGAUUCUGGUGUCUUUCAAGUUAAUGAUGAUACAGCAAACUUGAAUUUAUUUGAAGGAGAAGAAAAGGAUGAAGAAGUUCUUUUAAAGUUCAGAAAUUUCAUUAGUAUUCAAAGGUAUUCUGAUUAUACUAUUCCUGAAAAUGUUUCAGAGUACAUUCAAAAAGAUUUCUUAAGUCAACGUCAACGUCAAAGUCAAAGAUCUUCAAAUAAUGACAAUAAGUUAUUCUUAUCUUCGGAAGACUUUAUGCUACGUAUGACUUUAGCGAGGUAA